GCCACGCCCAGGCUCCGCACGUCUCCGUCACGCCACGCUUGACGCGCAGUGUAUGUGUGGGUUUGCUGUCAGUCCUGUGAGCAAUCAAAGCAGGAUUUAGCCAAAGUUUACUUGGAUACUUUAUCAACGAUUUUUAGCUCCCCUCUCUCUAACAGAAGGUCAAGUCGAAUAGAAAAAAUAACAGCGGAUUAGUAUCUAUGUGUUAAUAAGUUUGUACCUCUAAAAGGGCGACGCGCAUUAGCUUAGCUAGCUAGCAGCAGGCUACCAUGUAAAGAGACAAAUCGGAUACUGUGGACUGAAGCAAUGUGAUGGUCAACCAGAAAAAGACUACUUAAACUACUUAUUCUCUGGUCAUGCGACCGCUACGUAUAGAUGGCUGCUGCUUGGAAAUAGUUGAUAUCUACAGAAAAAGAAAGUUGGUCACUCAUCCUUCGUCCUGGGAGCCUUAAUCGAGACCAAACACAGCAGGAACAGCAGCAGCAGGGUAGCCAUAAUAGCUGCAUGAUGGAGUGAUGCAAACUUUAGCUGGCAGGCUGACGAAAAGCCAUGGAGGGAGUAGAGCGAGAAGCUUCUAUGGGGAAGAGUGGCAGUCUGACAGAGCUGACCGUCGUGCAGAGUGUUGUACCUUUGGACGGGCUUACUGAAGAUGAAAGUUCAUCGCAGCCUGAUCUCAACUUUCCUCACAUUACUGAGGACACAACCUGGUUAAUGGUUCAGGAAGAAGAAUUAACCUCCUCUGAGCUGCAGGAGCUCGGCUCUGCCUUGGGUGAGGAAGGGGAAAGUAAAGAGACCGUGGACAAUCCAUGUGUUCAGAAUGGGGAGGAAGCUGAAAAGGAUAAACCACAGAACAACAGCAGUGCUACUGUAACAACCAGCACAUGUCCAGAGCUGCUGCAGAGCUCCACUCUCUCGUUGUCUGAUCAUUUAAAGUUGGGCCGAGAUGAGUCAGAAGCUACAGGACUAAACGUGGAGUGCAAGAUAUGUGGGGACAAAGCUUCGGGGUUCCACUACGGUGUACACGCCUGCGAGGGCUGCAAGGGGUUUUUCAGACGCACCAUUCGUAUGAAGCUAGAGUAUGAGCGCUGUGAACGGACCUGUCGAAUCCAAAAGAAGAAUCGCAAUAAAUGCCAGUACUGCCGCUUCCAGAAGUGUCUGGCUCUCGGCAUGUCCCAUGAUGCUAUUCGUUAUGGCCGUAUGCCAGAGGCAGAGAAGAAGAAGCUGGUGGCAGGACUGCUAGCAGGAGAGAAGAGUCUGCUGAGCCCUGGAGGCUCUGAUCUCAAAACUUUGGCAAAGCAUGUCAACUCAGCCUACUUGAAAAACCUCAAUAUGACCAAGAAGAAGGCACGAAGCAUCCUCACUGGAAAAACCAACUGCACCCCGCCCUUUGUGAUUCAUGAUAUGGACUCAUUGUGGCAAGCAGAGAAUGGUUUAGUCUGGAACCAGCUGAAUGGUGCUCCCCCAAACAAAGAAAUUGGAGUGCAUGUCUUCUACCGCUGCCAGUGCACCACGGUGGAAACGGUUCGAGAGCUCACAGAGUUCGCCAAAAAUAUCCCUGGCUUUGUAGAGCUCUUCCUUAAUGAUCAGGUAACUUUGUUAAAGUAUGGUGUCCAUGAGGCCAUUUUUGCAAUGCUACCAUCACUCAUGAAUAAAGAUGGACUCCUGGUAGCCAAUGGGAAGGGCUUUGUGACGAGAGAGUUUCUUCGUAGCCUGCGCAAACCCUUCAGUGAAAUUAUGGAACCCAAGUUUGAAUUUGCUGUGAAGUUCAAUGCUCUGGAGCUGGACGAUAGUGACCUGGCUCUGUUUGUUGCAGCCAUCAUACUGUGUGGAGACCGCCCCGGACUCAUGAAUGUGAAGCAGGUCGAGCAGAUUCAGGACAGCAUCCUCCAAGCUCUGGACCAGCACCUCCAGGCUCACCAUCCUGAGUCAGUCCACCUCUUCCCCAAACUGCUGCAGAAGAUGGCUGACCUGAGGCAGUUGGUCACAGAGAACGCUCAGCUGGUCCAGAUGAUUAAGAAGACUGAAUCUGAGACCUCGCUCCAUCCGCUUCUACAAGAAAUCUAUAAAGACAUGUAUUAAGUCUUAUGACUUAGGACUUUCAAACUGAAUUAAGAGACAUGUUGCACACAGGCAUCCACGGUGCUGCAGAUACCAUAGAAUUUUUAUAUUGGCAGUUAUGGAGUUUUACAAAUACUAUGUUCGAAAACUGACUUUUUUUCUUCGGGGCAGGGUUUUUUCCCAAAAAAAAAAAAAAAAUCUUGAUUUUUGUGAAGGUCAACCUCUGUGUCCAGCUGGUGAAAAGCACAUUAAUAUCACCCAGAAUAUAACAGUAUUUUGAUAAGAUGUGUGUUAUAUGGACAUCCUUUUUCCAGUUGUUUCCAAUUAAUUAGACUUUAAAUGAAAAUAAUUGGAGUAGUAGUAAUUGUAUCAUUUUACAUAUUUCAAGGCUGCUUCACAUACCUAAAUCAAGAUUUCACAGGACUUUCUAGGCUCUUUCUAAUUCUCUUUAUUAAUUAAUUGAUUCACUGAUUAACAUUUAUUGAUAAAGGCCAGAAGUAUCAAACUCAGUCUAAUAAUGUAGCAUUAGGAAGUAAUCAGAAAGGUGGGGAAACUGUUUCACUUGGUGAAUUACUCAGGGGUUGAGUAACUGCCUGUCAUUAUUUUCUCCUACAGUUACUUGCUUUACAUUUGAAAAAUAACUUAAAUAGCCAUGUCAAAUUCACCAUGACCUUGAAUUUCAAGUCAAUCUAAUAUGCAUAUGGAACAUAAACACUUUGCUGAGUUAACUCAUUUCUCUAGUACUAUGUACUGUUUCAUGAAUUGAUUUAGGUAUACUUUAUGUAACUUUCUUGAGUUGGUUUCUUAAAGGAAUAGUUUGUACUUAGAAAACAAAUCUUGAUUUUUCCCCCAUUAGUAGUGUAGAGAUUUGCACAACAGUUCUGCAGUUUCAAAUUGACUAGUUAGAAAGACCCAUUACACCUAGUUUGUAGAAUAGCAGAAUAUCACUAAACUAAAAAUCAGUAUUUAGUUUCUGGUCCUGUGUAGGUGAAUUCUGAUGCAGAUUGUGGACAUAUACAAAGCAGACCAUUCUGAAGUAUAAUUUGUUCUUAAUUGAGAGCUCACAAUCUAAUUCUAUGUUGGAGCAAAGUCAUAUUUAUGUUUAUUCAUUGAUCUAGUUACCCUAACAUACACAUAUAUAAUUUAGUCUUUUAACAAAUCCUAAUCAUGUCAUGUGUCUUAUGUAUUGGCCCAUACGUAGUAUCAAGUAAAAUUGUUUAGAACCUUUAGUCUUUAACCCUAUUGAUAUGAAACUGGUUGUACAUUACAACUGAUUUCAUGUCUGUAGAAUAUUCCAUAUUUUUCCCUAGAUUUUAACUAGAUUUUAAUGUCCUAUUUGUAGGCAUUUGAGAUUUUAUUGUGUGAUAAAAUGAUUACACUUGCUGCUGUAAAAGCUGAAGAGCACAAUAUAAAUGACCUGUAUAAAUAAUGGGAUGUUUAUCUGGUUAUGUGGAAUCUUUUUUUAAAUAUCUGUGCUGAAUGUACACACACAAACUUUUCACUCCACUUCACUUCAAGCCAUGCUUUUCUCACACCACCCAGAACACUUUUUUCAUGAUGAUAGAAGCCUUAUGGUAUUUUGUUUGGUAUUAAUUCUCAAUACCCAGUCAACACUAAAUUAAAGCCCAGUAUCUUAA